UGUUUCAGAUAUCCCGGUCGCCCUGUACACGUUCGCAUGAACUUAAGUUGGCAAGUUCGAGUGACACAUGGUCAUUGCGCCCACCUUUGCCCAGAGUGACUACCCAGCAGCUCCACCUUCCCCAGUGACACACAGAAACAAAACCCAAAAGACCAAACUCCACCUCAAGACCAACAGUAAUCUCUUAACUCGUAGGUGUGUUGGUUCUCUUCCGACUUCCUGAUCCGUUUGAUACUGUUCUACAACUCAAAGCUCACCCGAACAACCUCUCCUCAACUCUCGACAUCUUUCCUCCUCUUUUUUUUUUAUCCCUCUCCUUCUCCGAUAACGAAAUCUUGUCGUCAUCUGGCUUACACCGAUUGACUGAUUGGCUUACUGACCGAUAUUGCACCACUGCCCAUCACCCCUGGUACUGACUAAACCCAAUCAUCACCCUUCACAUCCACCUUGGUUCCCGAACCGCGCACCCCGUUCGACUCGAUCGAUUAUCAGCCUCCACUAGAACAUCACCAUGGGUCUCAGUGUUUCACGGCUGUUUACCGGCUUGUUCGGUCGGAAAGAAAUGCGAAUUCUCAUGGUUGGGCUCGAUGCAGCUGGUAAAACGACGAUCCUCUACAAGUUGAAACUCGGUGAAAUUGUGACGACGAUUCCAACGAUCGGAUUCAACGUCGAGACGGUGGAAUAUAAAAACAUCUCAUUUACCGUCUGGGAUGUGGGUGGACAAGAUAAGAUCCGACCUCUUUGGAGACAUUAUUUCCAAAACACUCAAGGAAUCAUCUUCGUAGUUGAUUCAAACGAUCGUGAGCGUGUAUCAGAAGCCAGAGAAGAGUUGCAACGCAUGCUCAACGAAGACGAAUUACGCGAUGCACUCUUGCUUGUUCUUGCCAACAAGCAAGAUUUGCCGAAUGCGAUGAACGCAGCUGAGAUCACUGAUAAGCUCGGCUUGCACUCGCUCCGUUCGAGAACUUGGUAUAUUCAAGCCACCUGCGCCACUUCUGGUGAUGGGUUAUAUGAGGGUUUAGAUUGGCUCUCCGGUAAUCUUAAGCGCAAAUCUUAAUCAUGCCGGCCAGGAAACGAAGAUCAGUGAAAAAAGUAUAACGUGUCGUUGUCUCCUUCCACACUCUCUUUUCUCUUACACCAGAUGUGUUUUCAUGCACAAUCUCACUCUCUUCAGGGAGGUCCAUUCCUUUCUUCACUCUUGUUAGAAGAAGCCCUGUUUUGAACUCCUAGUUUUUGUGCUUGCCCUGUUCACAUCAAUUCCUCCACAACAUUACUUUUCUACGCUUAUUGUAUGCUUUUUUUUGUUCAGUUUCCAUUAUCUUCCCAUUCAUGCAUACGUUGCUGCACUCUUGUUGCUGUCCCGCUCUCCAUCGCACCUCAUCUCUUUGAUUUUCAGUAGGCUUUUGGGGAGGAAGGGAGUGUGAGGCUCAAGUGAAUGGAGACAAAGCUAGAAACGAAGAGGUAGCCCGUCUAUAGAGAAAACUAUCUUAUUGAUAAUGAACUUCAGAGAACGAACAUGUCCCUGACAAUCAUAAUCUCGCUAACUCUGACCAACUUUUCGAUUCACUGAGCACAACACCCUCGACAUGCUUGACAUUGUUAUUCUAAGCUGACAUGCUGAUCGUUG